AAAUCCUGCCCGCCCCUGGUGAACGAGCCAACCUCAAAAUCCGCUCUGUCAGUGCAACUCUCAUUCUUCAUUUCACAACAAAAAUUUUCAACUUUUCUCAAAAAUUUGUAAUUCGUUCGUCAAUUUAAUUUCAAAAAGUGAAAAUUUUGAAAUGUCCACCACCACAAAUACCUCUUCAACUGGGGGGACGACAGGGAGCGGUUCGACUGAGGUGAAACCAGCCAAAGUUGAUUUAGGCUUGUUGGAAGAGGACGAUGAAUUUGAAGAAUUUCCAUCGGACGACUACAACAAGAACGGCGAAGACGAGGAAGAAGUCAAAGUAUGGGAGGAUAAUUGGGACGACGACAAUAUCGAGGAUGAUUUUAGCUGUCAACUCAAGGCCGAGCUAGAAAAACAAGGAUUUCUUGACAAGGAUGGAACCGGCAAGUGAAGGAAUUGUCCCCGUUUCUCGUAGGAUUUUAUAUUACUUUCAUUCAUUAUUGAUAAACUCCGGAAAUUAAUAUUAAUACAUUCAUCAUUUUUACAUUCGUCAAAAAAUAAACUUCUUGAAAUUAUGAUUAAGUA